CUCCUCUUUUCGAGUGAGUGUUGAGAGAAUUACAGAGGAAGGGAGAACGAGAGAGAGAGAGAAAGAGAGCGUGGAGGAAAAAGAGGAGAGAACGAGAGAACAAGGGGGGCGACGGGAGAGAUUGAAAGGAAGAAAGUGGGCGGCAAGAAGGAAAUGUUUGUCGCCCCUUGAUUCAGGUCUCUCUCUGUCUCUCUGAUGGACCGAGAAUGUGAUGAGAUUGUUACCUGGGCAGGCCAAACUACAGGGCUUUAUUAAACCCGGUUCAUGAUGGAUUAUACACACAUCAUUUUUGCACAGCGGAAGUAAUUAAGAAGUCAGCUCUCUGAGGCCUGCACUUUUUAGUUUCAAAAUGUCAUCCUUGAAGAAUGUAAUCCACAGGCGCAUUCACAAGGAGCGGAAUCAGCCAGAAUCAAGGAAAAAGUUUGGUUUCCUUCAGAAACAUAAAGACUACGUUCUAAGGGCUCGGGACUUUCAUAAAAAAGAGGAAACAAUCCGAAAACUUAAAGAGAAAGCAGCAUUCAAGAACCCUGAUGAAUUUUAUUUUAAGAUGGUCAACACAAGGACUGUUGACGGAGUACACAAAUCUGAGAAUCGAGCCAACAAAUACAGUGCUGACGAACUCUUGAUGAUGAAGACUCAAGACAUGGGCUAUGUGUUACAGAAAUCUCAGAGUGAAAAGAAGAAAAUUGAAAGAUUGUCCUCCACAUUGCAUUAUCUAGGCAAUCGUCCAGCAAGUAAACACAUUUAUUUUGCUGAUGAUAGGGAGGAGGCUAAAGAGAUAAGAUCACAUUUAUCUGAAAAAGAAGCGUCUCCCCAUUCUAGAUCUGCAGAUAUGCCUGAAAUAAUAAAGAAAACUGCUGCAUCGUAUGAGGAAUUGGAGGCCAGGAAGAAGAGAGUGCAUACUUUAGAAAGGAUGCACAUGAACAUGGCAUUGCAGAGGGAGUUGCAGAAGAAAGGAAGAAAAAGGAAGCUUCGUGAUGAUGAGCUUGUUUGCCCGACAGACCAACCUGUGUACAAAUGGCGGAAGGAGAGGAAACGUUAGAUGGAGUGGAAGGACCGACUAAAAGAACAAUCAGACUCAACGGGAGGUCCGUCAUAGUGUACUUUGUUUUUGAAAAAUGUGUCACAAAUAUCACUUGAUUGUCAGAAGAAAAUUUUUUGGUAGGCCAUUUAAGGAAUUCUCUUCUAGGCACUUUUACGUAAAUCGAUGCUUUUUUUCAACUUUCGGAAUGACUGAUGAGAGACCCAUUCAUGAGCUGUAUCCUUGUUGUAAAGGAUUUCUGGAGAAAUUUUCAUGGGAAUGAGAAAUUCACUUCCUUUUAUGGA